UAGCAUCCACGCCUCCCCAAAUCCAAAUCGGCACUUUAUUGCCCCGUGAUUACUAUAGGAUAGGUCUUCUAAAACAUCAUCAAGUACCACGUGAUCUGAGGGCGUCCUCCUCCAUGCUGCUGGUGUGCUGAAGGAUUCCACUGAGCGCCUCUUCCACUGGAAUCUCGGGAGCCUCAGCUAACGCACAUCAAGAUGAUUCCAGGCUCCUACGGUCACGAGAGGCCGCUGAUCAUCAGGAUCUCCUUCACCACCUGUGUCCUGGGUACCGUGUGCCUACCACUGCUGGGCCUUAUCACCUGUGUCCUUAUAUCCUCGGUGUUUCACUUUGACGACUCCACCGGCACACACUGCCAUGUUCCUAACUACCUGCCGUCCAUCAGCGCCUCCAUCAAUCUGAGUCCCGAGUGCCACAUAUGGCGCUUCUGCAUCGGCCUGCACUCGGCGCCGAGGUUCCUGGUGGCGUUCACCUACUUCAAGUACUACAAGACACGCUUCGCCUCGAGGUUCCCCGAGAGCCUGCUCGCCUACUUGAGCCUGGCCUUCUCCAUUUUGGAAAACCUCGGCCUGCUGCUCCUCUCCUACGUGUCAUCCAGUGAGACGUACAUUGUCCACAAGGAAGGCUUCGUCCUCUUCAUUUUGAGCUCGCUGAUCUACAUGCUGAUAACUUGCCGCCUAUGGAAGGCCAUUAAAAAGUAUUCUUUAAACCCCGAGGUAAGCAACCUCUCCCUCUCUCUAACUGCUUAUAUUCCUAUUCCUUACGUUUGUUGUCACCUUUUUGUCUCCCAGGAUAUUAAAUCUCAUCACUGGAAAGUACGUUUCUUACUGCUCAAUGUUUGCUUCUGCGCUUUUGCCGGGUUCUUUUACGCCAAACACAACUUGUACUGCGAGUCGGGGAGCUACACGUUCUUCGCCCUGUUUGAGUAUCUCAUUGUCUUCUCCAACAUGGCCUUCCACCUCACGGCGUUUUGGGACUUUAGGAGUCGCGAGGUGAUGGUCAUUUCGUCGUCGGAAGACAAAGAGUUCUGACUAGAGACCGGCAUGAGGCCUGGUGUCAGCGACCUCCAUUUGGAGAAAGGCCUUUUUUCCACGUAUUUCCACAAUGACAUGUGCCGAUCCGAGGAUGGAUGUGAGAUGAGUGCGGAGCAGCAGAAGAUGAUAAGGUUUAAUGUCCCGCUUAAUUAAGUGCAUUAAGUGGCUUGUAAGUUUACAUGUGGACCAACCUUACAGUGUUUCAACGUGAAAGGUCAACUUUUGUACAUUGUCUCACAGUGAGUUCUUUUAUCACGCUUGGCAUUAUCAGAGAGAAAACUACAUAAAAAAAUACAUAUUUAUUGCAGACUAAAGAGUUUUGUAAUCUUUUGCAGACUUGUGUAAAUGGAUAAACAAUGGUCACAAGACGGCUGUGCAAUGUAAUGUGACCGUAUUUGUAUUUUUUCAUUUUUUUCAUUGAGACUUAAGUGGAAUCUUUACUACAGUUUUAAAUUUACAUUUUCUUUACCAAAACCAUUUUUAUAUCUAAAAACACGGAAUCAAGGAUGUUUAUUUGAUAUAAUCUAAGUUGUAGUAUCAUAUUCACAACACAGCUUUGCACACAAACACAUUAAUAAGCACAAAAUAAAAAUACAUACUAAUAAACUUAAUUUAAACUACU